AGAACAUGGGGUGCUUUUCAUGUGAAAUAAGAUCAAAUAAAUAAUAAAAAUAAAAAUAAAAAUACAUGUAGAAAAAAAAGAAAAAUGAAACAAAAGAAGGGCGUUUUGGGGAAACUCCUUCCAAAUGUCCUCAUAUUUCAAUCUAUGAUUUUACACCUCCCGGCACCGCCUGGUGAACAGAUGAAGCGCUCCUCUGUGUAGCUGACCCCGCCCCCCUCCACUAUUAGACGUGUCCGGCUGCCUGCUGCUGCACGCUGCUGUUCUGUGUACCUGCUGCUGCUACAGAGGAGGAGACAAGACAACACACUUCAGCUUUCUGUUCAACAUCUAUAGUUGGAGAAAUCUGGAGUUCAUAUUCAGACUUUUAUCUGAAUUAUACUUGAGCAUCUUUUGGGAGCAACUUGCUCCAACAACGACAGAGCUCUGCCUGGAGGAAUGAACUUUAAAAACCCUCCAUAAAGACACCACCGCUGAGUCUGGAUGGAGGGCUUAAAUGUUGCCCGGCUCUCGUCACACCGCAGGCCGUCUGUAGGUGCAGCUUCACCGGGAGAAAAAGCUCCGUCCUCCCAGGUGACCACCGUGAAGAGACAAGCCGUGAAGAGACACCACCACAAACACAACCUGAAGCACAGGUACGAGUUCCUGGAGACCCUGGGCAAAGGGACCUAUGGCAAAGUGAAGAAGGCCAAGGAGAGAUCCGGUAGACUGGUUGCCAUAAAGUCGAUCAGAAAGGAGAAGAUAAAGGAUGAACAAGACCUGGUUCAUAUUCGGAGAGAGAUCGAGAUCAUGUCCUCACUCUGCCAUCCGCACAUCAUCACCAUUUAUGAAGUAUUUGAGAACAAGGACAAAAUUGUGAUUGUGAUGGAGUACGCCAGCCGAGGGGACCUGUACGACUACAUCUGUGACAAGAGCAACAUCUCUGAACGGGACGCCAGGCACUUCUUCAGACAGAUAGUCUCAGCUGUGCACUACUGCCAUCAGAAUGGAAUAGUACACCGGGACCUGAAACUGGAGAAUAUUUUACUAGAUGGCAACGGCAAUGUGAAGAUCGCAGACUUCGGGCUGUCCAACCUCUACCAUGGGGAUGAGUUUCUUCAAACAUUCUGCGGCAGCCCUCUGUACGCUUCCCCAGAGAUUGUCAACGGACGGCCAUACCGCGGGCCAGAGGUGGACACUUGGUCUCUUGGUGUGCUGUUGUACACGGUGGUUCAUGGCACCAUGCCAUUUGAUGGAAACAACCACAAGGCAUUGGUCCAACAGAUAAGCACCGGAAACUACCAUAAACCCAAGAACCCGUCUGAUGCAUGUGGGCUUAUCCGUUGGAUGCUGAUGGUAAAUCCUGAGCGCAGAGCCACAAUAGAGGAGAUUGCAGGACACUGGUGGCUCAACUGGGGCUACCAGCAGCCGUUACUGGCCGAGACAAAGAGCAGUCCAGUAGUGGAGCAGACCGCUUCACCAGCCUCUCCGUCGACAUCACACCCUGCUGGGCUGGCUAGUGUUGCUAGCUGGCUGCGUCGUACAUCCAGGCCUCUACUGGAGAACGGCUCCAAGAUGCGCUGCCUGCUCCGCUCACAAGGCAGUGGAGGUGGAGGAGAUGUAGUCCGGCAGCGAUCUCUACGAAGGUCACGAAAGGAAAACAACGUCUCCCAGACCACUCAUGAAGUGAGCACAGACAGUCGCCCCUCUAAGGGUAUUUUAAAGAGGCGCAACAGUGUGAAACAGAAGGCAAUGACUGAAACCCCUGCGGUAGCUUCAGUAGAGCCACAGAACAUUUUGGGUUCGUCUGCACCAGUUAAUGCUCCUUCAGCUGCACCGCUGCCUCGCAAAGGUAUCCUAAAGAAGCCCACAGAGCAAGAGUCGGGGUACUACUCCUCUUCUCCCGAGAACAGUGACUCUGGCUGGCCACCACAAACUAAAGAGUGCCCUUCAGCACCAACCCAUAGGAAAGGCAUCUUGAAGCGCAAUGGAAAGUUCUCCUCGGGUGGGCUGCAGGAGUUUGGCUCCUUGGACCAGCUAGCAGCUUCUUUACCUCGCGAAGGCGUCAGGUCGAGACCGAGCGGGGCCAUCAGCGAGGACAGCAUACUGUCAUCUGAAUCCUUUGACCAGCUGGAUCUGCCAGACCGUGUGGGCGCUCCAACACAAAUGAAUAAACCAGCCAAGGCUAACAUGAGAGGAAGCGUGUCUGCCGACAACCUGCUGGACAUCGAAGAAGACGGGAUCCUUGGGGACGGGUCGCUGAGGACCUGGAACUGCUACAGGUCUGGAGCGGCUGACAGUGCCUUUUCAAUCACAGACUGUGAUAACGUAACAGAAGCUUACAAACAGGCUCUGGUUAUACGAGGCUCUGCAGAAAGCUGAAGACCCGUAAUUAAUGAAGGACACUGACUAAAGACUUGUUUUUCAUUCCAGAUUUUUAACUGAAGACAUGAGAGCCAAAGUGCAUUAAGUGAAAUUACCAGCACACUGUAGUGAUGAUCAUUGUCGGCUAACUUCAGGAACUGCACAGUACCAAAAAGGCAGGAGGCUUCUUGUUAAACAUCAGAUUAUAUUUUAGAUGGUGAUUGAUAAACCUGUUUUCAACAUGAGAACUUACUAUUAAAAGUGUAGUUAAGGCAAAAAGUCAAACCUCAAACCAAAACACUGGUCUUCAAUGUACUAUUUGACAUUGACUACUAUUGUUGAACAUUUUACUCAGUGACAAUAAACUAAGAAAGUGACAUUUACAGUCACAAUAGGACUAUUGUUUGAAUAAUGCUUAAGCCAACAAGUCGGUGUCUUUUAUUGUCGACAGUUUGAUAAAGUGUUUAUGACUUAACAGCUCGUCUGCAUUCCAGCAGUGGGAUAGCUGAUCAUCUAUAGUUUAUCUAGGAUAACAGCAAUAACAGGUUCAUUGUUAGGAUGGGUAUACUACAGCUUUUACUGUGCUUUAGGAUGUGGGAAAAAUAACAUUUCAUGGAUACCAAAGAGUAAAUAUGCUAAUGUCAUUGGACUUUUUUUAGUUUAUCUUCAUUAAACGCACCAGCAAAAAGUG